AUGAGGACCGUGGCUCUCCUUCUGUGUUUUGCAAAUAUUGUUGUUGUGAUACGGGCCAACGAUGGCCAUUCAGAAGUGUUGCCUGCAACUGAGCUCUCUGAAACAGCUUCCCCCGCUUCUUUAAUAGCAGGAACACAAAAAUCCAUCAGCUCGGUGCAUCCGACUCGAGUAGCAGGAGGGAAAAUGGCAAACCCUCCGAUGUGCUCAGAGUCAGCGGGAAUCAGAGGCGCCUUUAAAUAUGUCAAUGUUAUGGUUUCUCUGGUGGUGUUUGUUGUUGGGAUAGUGGGGAAUUCGGCCUUGCUAAGAGUCAUUUAUGCUAAUGACAGCAUGAGAAGUGGACCCAACAUCAUCAUAGCGAGCCUUGCUUUGGGGGAUCUGAUCCACAUUAUGAUAGACAUUCCAAUCAACUCUUACAGGCUCCUGGCAGAGGAUUGGCCCUUUGGUUUAGUGAUAUGCAAACUUGUCCCCUUCAUCCAGAAAACUUCCGUUGGGAUUACCGUGUUAAGCUUGUGCGCUUUGAGCGUUGACAGAUAUCGUGCAGUUGUAUCUUGGAAGAAAAUCAAAGGUAUCUGGGUUUCCAUGUGGACGGCGAUAGAAAUAGCCCUGAUAUGGGUUUUGUCAAUCCUGCUGGCGGUCCCUGAACUGGUCGGCUUUGAUAUGAUAACGAUGGACUACAAAGGAAAACAUCUGAGAAUAUGUUUGCUUCACCCCGUUCAAACCACAGAGCUCAUGCAGUUUUACAAAGCUGUAAAAGACUGGUGGCUCUUUGGAUUUUACCUCUGCAUGCCGCUGGCGUGGACUGCAGUGUUUUACAUGCUCAUGACCAGGAAGAUGCUGAAAAACACACAGAAUGCACUCAGUGAUCAUAUCAAACAGAGGCGAGAAGUUGCACAAACUGUCUUCUGCUUGGUUGCCGUGUUUGCCUUGUGUUGGUUGCCGCUGUACAUCAGCAGAAUUUUGAAGUCAACAAUGUAUGAUGAGAAAGAUCCUAACAGGUGUCAGCUGCUAAGUGCCUUCCUCAUUCUCGACUAUUUUGGCAUCAACAUGGCAUCGUUGAACUCAUGCAUCAACCCAAUUGCUUUGUACAUUGUCAGCAAAAGAUUCAAGAAAUGUUUCAAGGCAUGCCUUUGCGGUUGGCGUCUGCCUCUUCGUGCGUUCACCUACGACGAGGCGCUGCCUGUUUUGAAGUCCAGAAUGCAGGAUCAAGCCUCAGAGCCAAGCAGCAACAUCAAAGCUCCCGAGGAGACCGCCACACCUCCACCCUGUUAGCACCGCGCCGUGUUAACAAAACUCAUGUGUGAAAAUACUUUGUGAUCCUGUCAAUAUUUUCUUUAUCAAAUAUGGAUGGCUGUCAAAACAAACACCAGAAAAAAAAUCUCCAGGUUGCUCGGCAACCUUGACAUGCCAACCCAAUGACACAAAAUACCCCGUCUGGAUAACACGGGGGCACUGUCUUUUGUAACGCUGUCGUCAGCUGAACAUCUGCUUUGGCAUGCGCAACCUGGAGUCAGGCUGCUCAGACUAUCAUUUGCCCCCGAGGCUUGACUCGCUCCCAAACAUUACAUCAGAUUUUUUCCUUGUACCUAUCCUGUAUCAUGCACCGCAAGUUCUCAAAUCACUGUUUUGGGCGCGAUGUUAAGUUGGCACCCAUCAACAGAUAUCUUGUCACAGCUUACGGCCUGCAUGCAUACAUGCAUCGUCUGCUUCAGGAUUCCGCAGAAGAAGGAGAGACUGUGCCGAGGGGAGAUCAAGCAAAAUUUAAAUUAUUGCUGCGGGGCUUCAAAGCACUUAAAUGUUAUUUUCAUUUCAGUUUCAUGCACAAACACGGCAUCCGAGGAGUUUAUAGUUCCCCGCUUUCCUUCUUGAACCUUGAGAAACCUGUCAAAUCGGUGCCACAAGUAGAUCCUGUCUCUGCCAGUGAAUGAACUGAUUGAUGGUGGCCUAUUUUUAAUGCAUUGUUAAAUGUGUAAUGCAUGGAGACGCUUUAUAAAAGACCUGAGAGAGGGGGAAGAGGGAGAACGAAGAUGACAGAAUGAGGUCAGGAGGAGCGAGGGAUGGUAGUGGUGGGGGGGUUUAGGGGGUGGCACCUGAUAGGUCUUCCUGUCACAGGACAAGCACAAAUAGCGCACCAUUCUUCCAGUUUAUGCUGUGUCAGUCUCCGAAACUGUCUCAAUGCUGCAAGCUGCAGCGCUUAUUAAAAGUUUCGCUUGUCAAAGUAAACUCAGACGUUUAAAAAAAAAUCACUUGUUUGAGUAAAAACGAUGUGAAUGUUUGAGGUUGUUUGUGUUGCUGGGAAAGUGCAUUUUUAUCAGGAUUUUUUAAAUAAACUUCAUGAAAUCAGA